UUACAAAUAAAAUCUUUUGUUGUAAAUCAAAAGCACCUGUGCUAUUCCCUAACAGGACUAACGCUACUUUACUUAUGAGCAUACAUCAUACUAAUAUAAAUGUAUUAUUUACUAGGCACAUUCUUCGCUUUAAACAUAAUGUGUAAGUGAAAUUGGAUUACCGUCAAAUUUACAUAAAUUCAAAAAAAUUUUAGCCUACCUGUACCUGACAUGAGGUCUAGCUGGCGGAUCUGACUGGGAUAGCAGGCGAGAGGCAGAGUUGUAGUUGAAGCUAGAUUAAAACUGCUAGAUUUUCAAGAUUGAGAAUUUGAGUUCACGAUUCUUUUUACACCCCCCUCAACUCUUAAACCCAUUAUUUUUGUCAAUUAAAUAAAAUCAAAACUGUUGGGCGUCCGAAUAUCUCUGUAAUGUAAAAAAAAAAAAAAGGCAGCCUGCAAUCUGUCAGUGCUUCCAUGACAUGCAUGGUAAUCUGAAACUCUGGACACAUACAAUUAAUAACAAGUGUUGGUUACAUUAGCAUCUUGAUUUUUAUUCAUAGAUCGUAAUAGAUGUUUCUGUUUAGCUUAUGACGAGGCUAUCAAAUAUCAUAUUAAUCAUAAUUAUAAUUAUUUGUUUAAAGUUAAAGAGCAAACUUCUAAUCAAAUAUUGGCAGUGUGUACACGUCCGGCGACCUGACAAAUAGUGCAGGAGAUAUUCUUCCGGCGGGCAUGUCAUGUGACCACCGGACGACUGAAUAUGUUUUAUUAUUCCAGCAGACAUGUUGUCCUGUGACAAGAGGUCGCCAGCAAAAUAUAAAUUAAAAAAAGUCCGGUAUCUUGGUUUAAAUAUCUUAUAAAGCUCUACCUAGUUGCCUGAAUUUAAAAUAUGAACCAAACAAAACAAGACAAAUACUCGCCAGUAGACUGUCAAUAGAUCUACUGUCAAAAAGUUUUAUUUUAGGCUAUUAAUAUUGCGUGAGAAGUAGGCUACUCCAACAGCACACCAUAUUAUAUUGGCCCUAUAUAAAGAUGCAGGGUCUAUUUCUUUAUGAACUUUCAACCUCCCUGCCUUAAUUAUUUAUCGCCCUCACUAUCAUAUUUAUCCCUUCUCUCUCGUUCUCAGUAUUUCUUACUUCCAGUAUGCAUUCCUCCCUCCCCUCCCCCUUUUUUUUUUCUUCUUCUUGAAAUGAAGUGUAUAAUCGUCGCCCUCCACGCAUCUCCAACGCCAGUUUUAUGAUCGACUAUUAACGUUGAUGUGACAAGGCUGAUGGACAGAUAUCUGAUCCAACUUUGUUACGGCGGUCAUGACCUGGUCGCCGGACGAAUGUCUUGAGAAUUAUUCGUCCGGUCGCCGGAUAAGUAGACACAUCGUUAAAUAUUACUGCCUGCAUAGGCAUAGUAUAGAAAUUAAUACUAGGCUCUUAAUCUUAAUAGGUUAGUAGUAAUACUAGGCUAUAUUACCCAUGCUUAGCCUAAACUAAAAUAUUGACUUUUUAGUAGGGGAUUUGUGACAAAACUUGGUUCUCAAACUUUUAUAUCAAAGGACAGAUUCACUGUCUUUCAGAUGCUGUUACUGGGCCAGACUAUAAUGUGAACUAAUUCCUAUGCCUUAUUAUGCACAUGGCACAUAAAUUAUUUCUGGUGCAUAAAAAAACAUGGUCUAUGUCCGGCUCCAUAUUUUCACUGCUCCCGGAUACUUGUACGACAACCAGCCAGGCCACAUUUAAGACCUCUAAUUAGGAAAUGUAGCAAAUAACUCAAUAAAUAAAUGACCAAUGGAGAGAUAAACUAUUGUUUAGAAUAUAACUUAUAAUGCUAAAUAUAAAAAUAUUUCAAAUAAAUACAGUGUAUGUUUCUAUGUCAACAGGUGCAGUGAAUCAAGAUGAAUAAGCCCUACACCCACUGAUUGAAAAACAAGUGUUUUGGAAUAUAUUACAUAGGCAUACAUUACUUACAAUAUUUUAUUCAAUUUUUAAAAAAAAUGUAUACAUACGUGGGUGAUGUUUACAAUAUAGGACAAUUCUACUUCUAGAUCUACACAUUAAAUUUAUAUUGUCAGUAACUUCUGACACAAAAGGUGACUUACUCAAGAUAAAUAAAUGGCCAAUGAUAGCAGCAAUUCCACUAUGACAAAUGGAUUUAAGUUUUGGAGAGAAACUCUGAAGUCUCCCAGAUUUGUGGUUGCUCCAAUGGUGGACCAAAGUGAAUUAGCUUGGCGUAUGCUUAGUAGAAAGUAUGGUGCUGAUUUAUGUUAUACACCAAUGUUUCAUGCAUCAGUAUUUGUUAAAGAUGCUAUUUAUCGUAAAGAAUCACUGCAAACAUGUCCAGAAGACAGACCACUUAUUGUCCAGGUGAACAUUUUUGUUGUGAUUGAUAAUUUAAAGAUAUGUGUAAAUUUAUAAAAUGUUCAUAACUUUUCAAAUGUAUUGAGAAAUGUAAAAGAAAACUGAAUUAAUUUUAGGUCUUACUAACAGGGUUAUUUUAUUCCCUAUAGCCUAUUACAAUAGUAAUACUUUUACCUGUUAGUUAAUUUUUUUUUUAAUAGAUAAAGGUAUUAGAGAUCAAAGCUGAUGCAGUGGAGCAAAGUUUUUGCCUAGAACUCAAACACUUACACAGUUUAACUGCUUCACUGCUUAGAUUUUUUUUUAAAUGGGGCAUCCUGUGUGGUCUAAGCAGUGUCUAUAAUGCCUUUACUGACUUGAGAACCAUUAUGGGAAAUAAUUAUUAAUUCAUUUCAUGAUACAUUUUUUUGCCUUAGUUCUGUGCCAAUGAUCCAGAUACACUCCUAAAAGCAGCCCAGAUAGCUGAGCCCUACUGUGACGCCAUUGACUUAAACUUAGGAUGCCCACAAGUUAUAGCCAAACGUGGACACUAUGGUGCAUUUCUUCAGGAUGAAUGGGAUCUCUUGUCUAAAAUGGGUAAGCCCCCAUCUACUUUAUAAUAAUAAUAAGACGUCUUAUAUAGCGUGGUACCCCAGCCUAGGGCUGGGCUCACCGCGCUGUACAUAAAAAUGUUAUCAAAAGAGACAUAAUCAUGACAUUAAAAUAAAAUACAUUUAUGAAAUAAAGAACAGCAAUGUAUAUUCACCCACCCCACCACAUAACUUUUACAAGGCAAACCAUGGGCGGCAGAGGAGAGGAAUCAGUCAGGGUAGCAUAAUUUAAAAAGAUAUGUUUUUAGUGCAGUUUUGAAGGCCUGGGUGGUUGGUAUAUUGCGUAUGUUUAGUGGCAAAAAAUUCCAUUGUUUGGGGGCGCAGAAAGAGAAAGAUCGUUCACCAUAUGUUUUAGUGUGUGUCUUGGGAACGGACAGAAUAUGCGUGUCUGCAGAAGAGCGAAGCUGUCGAAGGAGUGAAUAGACAGAAAGAAGUUCAGUUAGAUAGGAAGGGCAGGAAUCCAAGAAAAAGUUGUGACAGAGAACAGACAACUUGUAGUCGAUGCGUGCCUGUAUAGGUAGUUAAUGAAGGCAAUAUUAAAGCCUGCUUACCUACUAAUUAUCUAUGGUAAAUUUCUAAAAAAGCAUGUUUGCUACUUUUCUACUAAAGCAAUACAAAAAAAAAAGAUAAAUUUAUUCCUUUUUUAAAAACACUGCAGGAGAGGUUCUAAAACAUAUUUUUUUUUACUUGAGUAUAAUUCAAUUUAUUUAUUUAUUUAUUUAUUUAGGCAUUUUUAUAUAGCGCUUAAUCAUAAAGCUCUAAGCGCUUUACAAUUAUUAAAACAUGUAAACUAAGUAAAAUAAAAAUGAGACACUAGGAUAGUAACUACUAUUCUAUAGAAACAAUGAAAAUGGCUAUAGUGAAGUAACAGUUCGCUAGUGACAGUUCAUUAGUGACAGUUAGCCAUUAAAAUUGCUGCUACUCCAAGAAAUUUAAAACUUGCCUUUAACGCUAUUAAAUAAUUUGCAGUGAGAACAUGUCAUGAAUCCCUCAAAGUGCCUGUCACUUGUAAAAUACGAGUGUUUCCAUCUCUUGAGAAAACUGUCAGAUAUGCUAAAAUGCUAGAAGCUGCUGGCUGUCAGGUAAACCUGAAGUAAUAUUAGUUACUUGUUUAAAAUAUAUUAGACACCAAUAAAUUUUGUUAAGACAUAAAUGUAUUAAGAAGCAAACAGUACUUUUUUAGGAGUAAGUUGAAAAUACCGUUGGUAGUUAGUAGUUUGCACAUCGAUUAAUAUUAAAGCUGUUUGUUUUUUUUUCCAGUUGUUGACUGUUCAUGGCAGAACAAGGGAGCAAAAGGGUAUGCUGACAGGAGUGGCCGAUUGGACAUACAUCAAAGCUGUUAGGUUUGUUAGCUAAAUUUUACUUUUUUAGGUUUGUAAGGUAAGUUUUCGUGUUUAGGUUUGUUAGCUUAAUUUUUUUUUUUAGAUUUGUUAGCUAAGAUUUCUUUGUUUAGACUUGUUAGCUAAGCUUUCUUUGUUUAGGUUUGCCAGCUCAGAUUUCUUCUUUACAUUUGUUAGCUAAGCUUUCUUAGCUAAGCUUUCUUUGUUUAGGUUUGCCAGCUCAGCUUUCUUCUUUACAUUUGUUAGCUAAGCUUUCUUAGCUAAGCUUUCUUUGUUUAGGUUUGUUAGCUAAGCUUUCUUGUUUAGAUAUGUUAGCAAAACUUUAUUGUUUAGUUUUGUUAACUAAGUUUUAUCAUUUAGGCUUGUUAACUACAUUCUAUUGUUAAGGUUUCUUAGCUAUGAUUUAUUAAGGCUUUCUUUGAUAAUUUAACUUAAAAGCUUCAAGUGUUAACACAAAUUUUAUGCAUGAUUGUAAGCUUCUUCAUUACGGUAUCAGGUAUUUAAGUUUUUAUUUUCUUUCAAUAUUUGACAUUUUUCAGUAUUCCUGUUUUGUAAACAUACAUUCACAGAGAAGCUGUCAAGAUUCCAGUGUUUGCGAAUGGAAACAUUCAAUACUUGGAAGAUGUUCACAGAUGUUUACAAGAAACAGGUGUUCAGGGAGUCAUGAGUGCAGGCAGGUUAAAAUGUAUUAGUUGAACUAAAACUGACCAGUCCGUGUUGUGGGAUGUUAAUAAUACCUCACCCCCCCCUCCCACCACCACCUUGCUGAUACACCUACCAUUAGGUAAACAAAAAUAAGCCAAUCUCCCUGAAAAUGGUAAUAGAUAUUAUGUUCCUCUUAAGUAAAUUUAUGUGCAUGUUUAAUUUUUGCAUGUCAACACAUAUUUUAUUGUCUUUAUACAGAAGGAAAUCUUCACAACCCGGCUUUGUUCCAUGGGAAGAGCCCUUACAGUUGGGAAAUGACACUAGAGUACUUAGACUUUGCAGAGAAAUAUCCCUGUCCACUUUCUUAUAUUAGAGGACAUGUUUUUAAAAUUUGUCAUCAUGCGUAAGUAUAAAUAUAUUUCCUUUAAAAACCCAAUAAGAUUUCUCUUAAACAAAAAACUUGAUAAUUACUAUUUUUUAUAUGGGUUUGCAUUUGAAAUAAAUCUUAAAUGCACAUAUUUAUUGUUCUGUGCACUUAAAAAAUAAUCUUUAUCUGUUUAAACUUCUAAACUUGCAAUAUUUAAGGGUUUUUUUUAAGGACAAUGAGAAAGGAAAUAUUUUAAUUGGGCUAAAUUGUUUCUGGAUCAUUCCAUUAAAAAAGAGCUAGCAAUUUUUUAUAUGAAAUAAUUUUAUUCAGUUUGUUAGAGAUUCUUUUUAUUUAUGGUUGACGAAUUAUUUACAACAUGUGUGCAGUGGGAGUAAAGCGCUAAAGAAAUUUAUCCCACAAAUCUAUUUUGACAAGAUUAUAAAAUACUUUUCUUUUAUGCUUUCAUAUUUUCUUACAAACCCUUUUCAUUUAGAUGUCAUAUUAAUGGGAUAAAACUUUUGAUUGUUUCUUGUUCAACUUCUGCUUAGGCUAUCAAUGCAUAGAGAUGUAAGGGAACUAGUAGCCAAUGCUAAAUCAAUACAAGACUUCAGGACAGCUAUGGAUGCUAUCAGAGUUGUUUGUCAGGUAGGUUGGAAUUCCGUCUUCAAAUUUUGAAACAAGUCCUUAAAGCAAUAUUACUGUAGUCAAAAUGUGUUUUGUAACCUUCAUUUUUCCCUCAAUAGUGCACUUAAUUUAAUUGGUUUUGACUUUCAUUAAAAACUAACAUGAAAAGGCUUUAUUUAUAAAUAUUUCAUUAAAUUUAUUGAGUUAAAAAGCAUUACAAUUACAAGCCAAAAUUAAGGGUUCCACUUUGAAAAUUUCAAGUGUCCUAAAAAUAUGUAAAUAACAAGGACUGGCGAAUUCAGAUUUAGAGUAAAUUUCUUUAUACGGUACCUCAUCAGAAAGACAUUGAACGAUUUGAGAAAGAGCCUGACUUAUUUACAACUAAAUUAAAGCUACCAUUGCCUUACUGGAUUUGUCAACCUUAUGUGCGACCCAGGUAAGAAAAAACGUUAAGAUUUGACACUCAAAAUUAUUAUGUAGUGUUUCAAAAUCUAAAAAGCUAAUGUUAAUUUUUUUAAAUCUUUUAAAAUAUGGAAUGUGUUAAAUUCUACAUAGGAAAUUUAAAAUGUAUACAGAUGCAGCUAAACAGUUUUCACAUGGCGGAUGUAAUGAUAUUAACAUUUAGCACAUUGCUAUUAGACACUUAUUAUGUUUUCCUGCAGUCCCGAGGAAGAGAGCGAUGCAGAGCAUAAAGCGCUCCGACAAAGGCUUAAUCUGAAGCGGGCUGAGGACAUGCAGAAAGUCAGCGCUGGGGAUGUGGGACUCUCCAAUAACAAACUUAAGAAAAGACUGAAAUGUCCCAGCAAAAAUUUUGAUCCUGACCAAAAGUUGAAAUUUGAAACUUGCAGCAUCUGUCUCAACCCUAAGGUAUGUGCGAAAGCCACCUGUCAUGUAACCUAGAAAAUUUUUUUAAUUUGUUGGAGCUUGGGCUUAAUUUAGAUCUUUGUGAAUACUUUUUUUAAAAAUUUAAACUUCUACCUAUUGGUAAUGAUUAUGAUGCUAUUAAUGCGGGGCAAGAUGGAAUAGCUCAGGGGAAAAUGGAAAAAUUUGAGGUAAUACUACAAUGAAGUCGAUGCAGUGCUAAAUUUGGUGACAAGAUCCCCUAUUUACUAAUCCAGAUAAAGUAAUAUGUUUAAGCUUGAGAAGUAGGCAUCCCAUCUUAAACUUGGAGUUAGAUAAAGAUGUGUAAAUUAGGAAAAUAGUUUUGAGUCCACUACUGCUGUAACACCUGUGUUAAAACCAUAAAGAUGGACAUUUGAGUGGGCCUGCUCACUUUCAGCUGUGGACCUGUGAAAUAGUGAAAGUACCGAAAUGCUGCUGCUGGCAUCAAUCAUGUCUGCUGGUGGUUUUGAGAUUUGAGAGUCCUUUUCAAUAAGUUGAGGUGUCAGGUAGAGUGGCCAAAGUCCAGCUAUUUUAAAGAAACAAUUCUGUUUUCAGUGCCCUCUUCCCCCCACCACCCAAAAAAAAAAAAAAAAGAUCAAUGUGUGAAGAUUAUGUAUAUAGAAAUAUUAACCCAGUGUUAUUUUCAGGGUUUAAAAUGUGAAUAUGGUCUAUGCAAGGGAUGCUGCAAAGCUAAAGCCAAUUUAGAAAUUCUCAACUGUUCAGGUGGGUCAAGUAUUGAAAUGAAAAUAGUUUUUGUGAUCAGGGAAGUAAUCUCAUGUAAAUUUGCCUGCAUGAUGAGUUUUAAGCUCUACCUGUGUUAAUAUUUGGUUAUAAAACCACUGAUACUGAUACCAGUUUUUAUUAAAUGCAAUGCAGCUCAAAAUUAUUAUUUUUUUAAUAUAAAUAAAUAUCUGAGGUUUUUAAUUUUAUGUAAAAUAGCUUUUGAGAGUUUGGCAUAAGAAGUGUUGAUACAUUUAUCUAGUUAAUUUAAAUGUGCUGCUGCAUUCAUCUUUCUAUUACAACCAACUCUUUGUUGGCUGACUACAUGAAUAUAUGUUUCAUUAUCUUUUUCAAUUAUUUCAACGUUUUUCUUAUGGCUUGUUCAAAUCAGAUUUAAAAAAAUAACUUUAUGCAUUAUCUUUUUUUUUUUAAAUAUUUUUUUGCAGCUAUUGAUAAGUAUUAGUAUUAAUAGUGUUACUAAUUUUUCUAUGUGCAGGGCACAAUAUAAAGAAAAGAACCAAUGUUGAAAAGGAAAAACUGAGACUUGCAGCACUCAGGGAAAGCCGUGGUCUUGUUGAAAAAAAUAAUCAUGACAAAACUUUGGCAGCAUCCAAUGCGAAGGAAGGUGCUAUAAAACAUUGCCAGGAAGAGACAGAUCUAAUAUCCACUAACGUACCACAAACAAUUAAUUUAUCCUGCAACAAAUUUCCCAGUUAACAACUAUAGUGACAUUUAUGAAUUAAAAAAAAAAAAAAUGUAUGUAUAAUGCUCAGAUAUUUUAGAUGUAAAAAGGCGGGGGGGGGAGUGAACGUUUCAAUAAAACAAACAUUUAAGAAUGGUCUGAUGCGUCGUUAGUUUUUACCACAAAUGUUGAUAGAUUUUAGACUGAAAACACUUAUAGCUUUGGUGAACAGUUUGAGACAGAGAUUACCUACUUUGGUCAUGGAGCUAGAAGUUAGCCAACUUGAGCACUCCUCAAACUGAUGGAGUUAGAGGUUAACUACUUCAGGCAUUAAUCAAAGAGGUUGAGAUAACGUCCAAAGAUUUGAAAACCCUAUGAGUCACUUUAUG